AUGAGGGCCAGUGAAGCUUUCUCUGGAGGUGAGGAAGGUUCAAGAACACGGGGGCUGCUGGAGCCUCCAUCCAAAAAUGGGCUGGAGACCCGAAUACCACUCUACGUGUCACUAACACUCGUUCACAGUCGCUCGCAUCCGCGCACGCGAGCACGCGCGCACAUACUCUGGCGCUGUGGGUCCCUGGGCCCCCCUGUCGUGCAGCUCACAGCCGUCACUUCAGAACCUCGGACAGCGUUGGGGCCCAAGAGCACGAUGCGUCUACUGUUGCUCGCCCUACUCUUUUCUUGUUCCUUCGCCCGCGCCGCUUGCGACCCCAAGAUCGUUAACAUUGGCGCAGUUCUGAGCACCCGAAAACAUGAACAGAUGUUCCGCGAGGCUGUGAACCAGGCCAACAAACGGCAUGGAUCCUGGAAGAUACAGCUCAAUGCUACCUCGGUCACCCACAAGCCCAACGCCAUCCAGAUGGCCUUGUCUGUGUGUGAAGACCUCAUCUCCAGCCAGGUCUACGCAAUCUUAGUUAGCCACCCACCUACCCCCAACGACCACUUCACUCCAACCCCCGUCUCCUACACAGCCGGCUUCUACCGCAUCCCCGUCCUGGGGCUCACCACCCGCAUGUCCAUCUACUCUGACAAGAGUAUCCAUUUGAGUUUUCUUCGGACGGUGCCUCCAUAUUCCCACCAAUCAAACGUCUGGUUUGAGAUGAUGCGUGUCUACAGCUGGAACCACAUCAUCCUCAUUGUCAGCGAUGACCAUGAGGGCCGGGCAGCCCAAAAGCGUCUAGAAACCCUUCUGGAGGAGAGAGAGUCCAAGAGUAAAAAAAGGAACUAUGAAAACCUCGACCAACUUUCCUAUGACAACAAGCGAGGACCCAAGGCAGAGAAGGUGCUGCAGUUUGAACCUGGGACCAAGAAUGUGACAGCGUUAUUGAAAGAAGCACAAGAACUGGAGGCCCGAGUCAUCAUCCUUUCAGCCAGUGAGGAUGAUGCUGCUACUGUGUACCGGGCAGCCGCAAUGCUGAACAUGACAGGCUCUGGGUACGUGUGGCUCGUAGGCGAGCGGGAGAUCUCAGGGAAUGCCCUACGCUACGCCCCAGAUGGCAUCAUUGGGCUCCAGCUGAUUAAUGGAAAGAAUGAGUCUGCACACAUCAGCGAUGCAGUGGGUGUGGUAGCCCAAGCUGUGCAUGAGCUUUUUGAAAAAGAAAAUAUCACAGAUCCCCCCCGUGGCUGUGUUGGCAAUACUAAUAUCUGGAAGACUGGGCCACUCUUCAAAAGGGUGCUGAUGUCUUCUAAGUACUCAGAAGGUGUGACUGGUCGGGUGGAGUUCAAUGAGGAUGGGGACAGAAAGUUUGCCAAUUACAGCAUCAUGAACCUGCAGAACCGAAAACUGGUCCAAGUAGGGAUUUUCAAUGGGAGCCAUGUCCUGCCCAAUGACCGUAAGAUCAUUUGGCCGGGGGGAGAGACUGAGAAGCCUGAAGGAUAUGAAAUGUCAACCAGGCUCAAGAUCGUCACUAUCCAUCAGGAGCCCUUUGUAUAUGUGAAACCAGCUCAAGAUGGUGAAACCUGUAAUGAAGAUCUCACAAUCAAUGGAGAGAAAAUCAAGAAGGUCACCUGCACAGGCCCAAAUGAUACCCAUCCAGGCGCCAACCGCCACACUGUACUCCAAUGCUGCUAUGGUUUUUGCAUUGACCUGCUCAUCGAUCUGGCCAAAACAAUGAACUUCACCUACGAGGUCCAUCUGGUGGCUGAUGGCAAGUUUGGCACCCAGGAGCGGGUAAACAAUAGCAACAAGAAGGAGUGGAAUGGGAUGAUGGGGGAGCUAUUAAGUGGACAGGCAGACAUGAUUGUGGCCCCAUUGACCAUCAACAAUGAACGAGCCCAGUACAUCGAGUUCUCCAAGCCCUUCAAGUACCAGGGGCUGACCAUCUUGGUGAAGAAGGAAAUCCCACGGAGUACACUGGACUCAUUUAUGCAGCCCUUCCAGAGCACACUGUGGCUGCUGGUCGGACUCUCUGUACAUGUAGUUGCUGUCAUGCUUUACCUGCUAGACCGGUUUAGUCCCUUUGGUCGGUUCAAAGUAAACAGUGAGGAAGAAGAAGAAGAUGCACUGACCCUCUCUUCAGCUAUGUGGUUCUCCUGGGGGGUCCUGCUCAACUCUGGGAUUGGAGAAGGUGCCCCCCGAAGUUUCUCAGCCCGGAUCCUGGGCAUGGUUUGGGCUGGCUUUGCCAUGAUCAUUGUUGCCUCCUACACUGCCAACCUGGCAGCCUUCCUGGUGCUGGACCGGCCAGAGGAGCGCAUCACAGGCAUCAAUGACCCUCGACUACGGAACCCUUCGGACAAGUUUAUCUAUGCCACGGUGAAACAGAGCUCUGUGGAUAUCUACUUCCGGAGGCAGGUAGAGCUGAGCACCAUGUACCGGCAUAUGGAGAAACACAACUAUGAGAGCGCUGCUGAAGCCAUCCAAGCUGUGCGGGACAACAAGCUCCAUGCCUUCAUCUGGGACUCUGCAGUGCUAGAGUUUGAGGCCUCACAGAAGUGUGACCUGGUAACGACGGGCGAGCUCUUCUUCCGCUCCGGCUUCGGCAUUGGCAUGCGCAAAGACAGCCCCUGGAAGCAGAAUGUCUCCUUGGCCAUCCUCAAGUCCCAUGAGAAUGGCUUCAUGGAGGACUUAGACAAGACUUGGGUUCGAUACCAGGAGUGUGACUCCCGUAGCAAUGCUCCAGCAACCCUCACCUUCGAGAACAUGGCUGGAGUGUUUAUGUUGGUGGCUGGCGGGAUCGUGGCCGGAAUCUUCCUGAUUUUCAUCGAGAUCGCCUACAAGAGACACAAAGACGCCCGCAGGAAGCAGAUGCAGCUGGCUUUUGCAGCAGUGAAUGUGUGGAGGAAAAACCUACAGGAUAGAAAGAGUGGUAGAGCAGAGCCUGACCCUAAAAAGAAAGCCACAUUUAGGGCCAUCACCUCCACCCUGGCCUCCAGCUUCAAGAGACGUAGGUCCUCCAAAGACACGCAGUACCAUCCCACUGAUAUCACAGGGCAGCUCAACCUCUCAGAUCCCUCGGUGAGCACCGUGGUGUGA